CAAAGCGUGUUACCCACUCCUCCCAGUCACGGCAGACUGGUUAUGUUCCCCGGUAUCUCAUUAGUGGAAACUCUCAGUUACACGGGUUCUUGCUUCCUGUCAACUCGAUUGGAGAAGUGACACAGCUACUUUCGUUCCCAAUAUCACAUCGACCUGCAUUCCAUAGAAGAAGCAUACAUACGCGGUGACGUGUAACUGCACUCAUUCACGAAUUCCUUAAAUCAUCGUUUGGCACUCAAUCAAUUGGGCCCCCCCCAGGUCACUUUCCAUCUUCUGAACUCUUCAAGCACAUCCUCGCCAUUAGCACGCCUUCACUUCUUAACUUCAUUACCGAGAGCCCGAGGACUACAUAAUGGACAGACCACAAGUGUUGAUACCGCCGGCUGCGAAUAUACUUGGUACCAUCGGAACUGGUUGCUUGUGCGUUCAGAUUAUCCCACAAAUAUGGCACAACUGGCGACGGAAGUCCACCGAGGGUCUGCCGGGAACGAUGUUGAUUCUUUGGUCGAUAUGCGGUGUGCCAUUUGGUGUAUACGCGAUAGUACAAAACUUCAACUUCGCCCUCAAAUUCCAACCCCAAGCCUUCGCCGGACUCACCCUCAUCGCUUGGGGCCAAACACUAUAUUACCACAACAAAUGGAGGGCCUGGACAGCUACUAUCGCCACUAUUGCGCUUGCGGGUAGCUUUGCUUUAAUGGAGAUGAUUCUCAUCCUUACUCUACGGACUCCUUACAGUAGAGGCGUUAAAUGGCCGAUGAUGCUUAUGGCGAUAUCCGCUUCUGUCAUUCAGGCUGUCGGUCUCAUCCCGCCCUACUUCGAGCUUGCGAAGAGAAAUGGGCGGGUCAUUGGUAUCGACUUCUGGUUCCUGACGAUCGACUACGCCGGUGCUUUCUUCUCGUUGAUGGCUAUUGUUGCGCAACAGUGGUUCGAUGCUCUUGGGGCUGGCCUGUACAUCGCAUGCCUGGCUUUAGAGACUGGGAUCUUCGUUUCUCAAGCUAUCUGGCUGUGGCGCAUUCGACAUAUCCGCCGUGAAGCUAAGAAAGCUGGUAUGACUUACGACCAAUACGUCGCCAAGCAUCCCUCGAAGAAGCUUCCUCGAUCCGACUCACAAGAGACCGUCGUCGACGUCGAAGCGUGUCACGAGUCGAACGCACCAGAUGCAUAUAACGAGAAGCCGAACACAAUUUUGACCAACAACACUGACACGACGGCGCAGACUUGCAGUGCAACAUCUAACGCCGUCGUUAGGCAAGAAGAAGCAGUUUCAAAGCCGCUCGUGGCUGUCCUGAAGCUUAGUGGAUCUAGCUGAUAGGAAUGUUUCGUUCCCUCUUAUUCCUCUCUCCUCUCUUGUUCGGGGGCGCCAGGUCACUGCUCUCCUCCAUGUACAUCAAGGCAAUACCUUCCUCUCCUCAUAUUGGAAAAGCAUCUCAUAGUCUGUCAAAAGUCGUAAGUUCGUGGGAGUAUUUGGUAAUACCCACACGGUAAAAGCGAAGCGAAGUUUCUUAACGUAUUCACGAAUCAUAUGUUCAGUUCAGGGUUUUCGUAUGCUAGGUUGGCGAUAAUAUUGGGUAUUUACGGGAAGGUGGCUUAUUCAAGGAGUUUGCCUUACGGGUAGGUUAUCACGAAUUAGGACAGGUUCCACUAAUGCAACAAAACUGCUCCUUGCA